GUUUCUAUUAAAGUGAAAGAGAAAGUACUCUGAGGGUUUUACAGGAGACAGAGAGACUGUGUGUUGGUGUCAAUGAACAAAACAUCGGAACAACAACCGGGUUUGACUUGAAAGAAUUUGUAAACUAAAUGUGAGCUCACAGUGAUUCUGAGUCGUGAGUUGUGAUUGAUUCAUUGCCAGUAAGUAAUUACGAGUUGCUUUGUAGCUGACGGUGAAGCAGCGGACUGAGAAACCCGAUCGACAGGAUUCAAAAUGGAUCAGUGGGACUAAGAUCGACAUCUUUUCUACAAAAUGCCGUCCUAUCAAGCUACAAAGUACCACGGCUUGAAGAACGAAGGGGCAACAUGUUACCUGAACAGCGUCCUGCAGGUGCUUUUCAUGACCAAAAACUUCAGAGAAGCUGUGAAAAGACACGUCUGUGACAACCAAGCGAAUGAGUUUAUUGAUCAACUUACAUCCUUGUUUGAUGACUUACAACAACAUGAGGCUUACACCUACAACAUCACGAAGAAGCUGGGCAUCGAUAACGUGUACGAACAACGUGAUGCUGCUGAGUACUUUGAGAAGAUUUUACGUCUGACCAGUGAAGCUGCAUCACAGAUCUUUCACGGAGAGUCGACACAAAAGACCAAAUGUUCUACGUGUCAUAAUGAGACUGACAGGUCCGAGGCAUUCUGGCAUCUUCCUCUUGCUUUGGGUGAUUUCAACAGCAGAGACCACAGCGUGGAGGACGACAUUGAGAAGUAUUUCAGAGCUUCACAUUUCAGCGGAAAAGACCAGCUGUACUGCGACAAGUGUGAGGAGAAAUCUGAUGCAACUAUUACAUGUGAAAUAAAGCAUCAUCCAGAGGUCUUGAUGCUGCUGCUGAAGAGGUUUGAGUUUGACUACCAGUACAUGACGUAUGUCAAAAUCAACCAAACUGUGAAAGUUCCCUUCACCCUUCAGAUACCAGAGAAUCAGACGUAUGAACUGUACGCGGUUGUGGAUCAUGUUGGAGAUCUGAGAGGUGGACAUUACACUGCAACAAUCAGACCGCAGGACGAUGAGAAAUGGUACCACUUUGAUGAUACAAGGGUCUCAUUGAUGGACUACCAGCCCUUUCAGGUGGAUAACUUUAAGACAUCCACCCACGCUUAUCUGCUUUUCUACAGGAUGAAGAAAGUGGAAGCUGCUGAUACUUGUACUCAGAAUAUCAGAGAGACGUCUCCUGCUAGAGGCGUCCCGCCUGCUGCCGAUGAUACUCACAAUGUCCAGUGUAAAGAUGCUGUAAAGAGAAGCCAGGAGGUUGAGGGGGCAGCAAAGGCAGGUAAUGAACCUCCAGCAGCUUGUUCCACACAAACAAAUGAAGAAGCAGGAAUUAAAGGCAUAGUUGCUGUUGGAAAAACUCCACUUGGAGAAAAUAUCAAUGAUCCGUGUGAUAGCAAUAUCAGAAAAGAUGAUGUUAAACACAGGAGACCACAGGAGGUUCUGCAGGGCGACAAAGAAGCAAAAACAAAGUACCCACACGGGUAUGCAGAGCCUCGGGACGAUGAAAGAUUUGUUCAUGAAAGACAAAACAUGUAUGAAGAUCAGGAAGGGAAACAUGCAGUGAGUCAAGACGACGUCCAACCUGUUAAACAGGAAAUUGUGGAGAGGAUUAAAACAGAAGAAGAAGAAGAAAGGAAGGCAGAGGGAGGAAAGCUAUUGACAAAAUAUGACCUCAGCAAUGAUAGCAUUCAAUGCAACCAAGCUGGUAAGAGUAAACAAAACAAGCCAAAAGAUCAACAGCAUAAACAGCAACAAAAGAGAAGAGUUGAUGAGCAUGUACAAAGGAAGGGAGCAUCAGACAGACGAGAACAGGAUCAGAAUGGAAGUUCAGAGCGUUGUACAUCACAGAAAGCAGUAAAGAGAGCUAAAGGAGACAAUGAACAUGUUGAGGGAGCACACUCUUCUCUUAGGAGAACAGGAAGUAGCAGCGUGGCGGACAACAGAGGAGAUGGCCGUGUCAAAAAGUCUCAACCAUCAGAAGUGAGAACUGGAUUUAGUCAGAAUGCUGUGGAAGGAACACAUAAUUCAAAGAAGUCAAAAUCAAAUCAUGGAAAGAUAAUUGCGGAAGAAACCAUGAAUGGUGUUCAAGAGAUCACUUUUACAAGGAACAAACAAAUAACAACUGUAGAAGGAAGCUCUCAAGGCAGCAAUAAGAAUUUGGUAGAACAUGAUGAAGGAAAUGCUAAAAUCGAAUCUGAUCCAAAGACAGAUGCAACGGUCACAUUGCCAGAGGCUUUUUGCUUUUUAAAACUGAAUGUCUCGCCUUUAACAGCGUCACAGAAACGCAAAAACAAAAUAAAAAAGAGAAAGAAUGAGAGAGAACAUGUUGGGAAAAAACGUGCUGUGAAAGAGAAAGCUAAGAAGAGAAGAUUCUUGAGGCGUCGCUCUUCCCUUCUGGUGAAAAACAGAAAAAAAAAUAUUUGUGGGUGUUUUUGUUUUUCGCGGAAAAGCCGAAAAAAGGCAGAGUGAGACUAAGAAGUUUCAAUGUAUUGAUGAUCGGUGGUGCUGGUUUCUGUUUCCUUUUCAAUGCAAGAAAAUAAAGUCUCAAAGAUCUAUUGCAGCAGUCGGAAAUGGGUUAAUGUAAUGUUUUGAAAAUUGACUCAUAAAUGUUUAAAUUCAAGGAACAAACAGAUGAUAUAUGUGGAUUGAAAGAUCAAAGUUUUGAUGGUUGUUUCUUGCUAUGCUAUUACCCUUUUAAUUUUUAAAUCUCUCUGUCAAGUUGUUGAGAAAUUUUAUUGAGCAAUUUCACUGAAUGCAACAUAUAUCGAAUUUACAUUUUAGAGUGAGAAGUCAAAUGGUCUUUGUAUGGAUAUUUUCUUUUUUUAUUGAACUGUUGAGUGCUAAUUUUAUUUAAUUAGGCCUUUUGCUUCUACUUUAACAAAGAAAAGGGGAUUUUAUUUUAGGAUGGACAUUGAAGUAAAAUAACAAUAAUAACAUUUUAAGAAAAAGUUGUGAAUCAUAUAAAUAUGUUGGAUAUUGCAUUGGAUAAUAUUAAAUAUUAAAUGUCAUUUAGCUGACGCUUUUAUCCAAAGCGAUCUACAAUAAGUGCAUUUCAACUAUAAGGAUACAAACUCAGAAGAACAAGAAAGUGCAAUUUCAUUAAGUAAGCCAAUCGACAUCCUUCUAUAGAUAAGAGCUAUUAUAGGUACAAUUUAAGUGCUACAAUUUGUUAGGCUUUUAGUCGAGGUAGAGUCUGAAGAGGUGUGUCUUUAGUUUGCGGUAGAAGAUGUGAAGGCUCUCUGCGGUCUAGUGGGGACUGGUAUUGAUCACCUGCUCUGUGAGUCUGUGUUCAGGAUUAUUUGUCAUCCUCCUUUUUCUAUCAACUUUCUUCAUGUUGUUCUUCUGGUUUAACCUCACCUAUGUGCAUCAUGUACAGCAGAGUAUUUGGAAGAUUCUGUGUUUGAUCAGUCUAGGGUCCAAAUGGAAGUUUUGUAUGGAUAUUUCUUUGGUUUACUUAUUUAACUGUUGUGUUUGCUUAGUGCACAAUUACUGUAUUACUGCACUGCCCGCUGAUUCAUAUCAUAGAUGCUUUAGAUUGAUGUUUGUAACUUUGAACCAAACUAUUCUGAUAAUUUGUGAUAUUUGUUAGAUUCUGCUGGUGAUUUUAAGAGAAUAAAUGUAAAAUAAAAAUAAAAAGAGCUCAUGAAAUAUAU